GAUUUAUUUUUAAAUGUUUCAUCUAAAUAUGAAUUAUAUAAUAAUUUUACUAGAGAAGAUAUUAAUGAAGAUACUCCUAAUUGCAUGAUUCAUAAAAAAGGAAAAUUUAAAGGAUACCAUGAUAUUUAUAAUCUGUGUAAAAUGUUUGAAAAAAAUUUAAGUCAAUUAUCCACAAUUAUGAGUGCAGAAACUGAUAACAAUGAACAGUGCAGAUAUUUAAUAUUUUGGUUAAAUGAUCGUAUAAGAAAUUAUUUUAAAAGAUAUAACGUUCCAACUAACGAACAGAAAAUAAUUAUUACAGCAUUUAUAUCGGUAUCACACUUGGUAAUUAGUGGCUCAUCUAAUAAUAAGUGUAAAUAUAUAUAUAAUCCUAACAUUGACCUUGAUUUGUGGAAAAAAUGGAAAGACUUAUAUGAUUAUAUUAAAAAUAAACAUAAAAUUCAUGAUAUAAUUAAUUCUAAUAAAAAUUUAUGCGCAUUAUAUCCAAAGUACCACACCUAUAUAACAGGAAUAUAUAAAAAUUAUAAAAGCGAAUGUUGUAAUGGAUAUAAUAGUAAUUGUCCUAGUGAACUUAAUUUUAAUGAGUGGUGUAAUAUGGAUAAUAUUUUAACUGAAUUAAAAUGCAUUCAACCUUCUGAAUUUGGUGAGUAUCCAGAAGGUGAUGUACAAGUUAUUAAAGCAAAACCAGGAGAAGAAGAUAAAGAACUUCCUAAUGCACUUAUAUCCAACUCAACAGGAACUAUUAUAGGUACUACUCUAGGAUUUGUUCUAUCGCUAAUAACGAUAUUUAGGUUUACUCCUUUGGGGUCAUGGAUAAAUACUAAAAUAUUCAGAAAAAAUAAAUUAAUGGAAAAUAUGGAAAGGAAUGAGCGAGAAUUACUAUUAUAUAGCUCUGGAAUUGGUGAAAUGAAUUACGAGAAUACGAGGUAUCACGUAAUGUAUAAUUCUUCCCCCAAUGAAUAA